GUAGAGGCAAUGUCGCCAUUGCUGCAGAGUUUAAUUUUUACACAGAUUCUGAAGCGGCACAGAUUGUACUUAACGAUUUUCAAUGCCCUGUUUAUGUAAAUAGCUGGGAAUUAACACUUCAUCAUCCAUUAGACUGGGAAUGGUACAAACAAUGGCAGGAAACAAAGACACAGAAAGGGGAGUUCAUGAAAAGUAUAUGCGAAUGUGGUAUGAAGUAUUACAUGAGUGAGCGGGGCAAGGAUGAAACGCUUAAUCAAGGCUGGGUUGCAUGUGAUCCUGUUGCCAUGGCAGUUGCCAUAGAUAAGAAGAUCAUUACGGAGAUGCAAGAACUCCAUGCCACAGUGGAACUUAACGGCACCUACAGCCGGGGACAGAUGAUAGUAGAUUGGUGUAAUCAUCUACCAGGUCGUAGAAAAUCGUUCAUUGUAACGAAAAUUAAUGUGGAAAUUUUAAAAGAAUUGAUGAAGAAGUCUAUUGAAUAA